CGCCUGGGUCCUCCUCGCCCGCCCCGCCCGCCGCUUCUUCGCCUCCCGCCCAUGUUCAGGGAACGCGGGCUGGCAGCCGACCCUCAGCCGCCGUUUCCUCUUCUUCCUUCCGGCCCCGGGAGUCGACUCGGCCGCCGACCGGCCCGAGAGCCGCCCCCGCUGCCGUUGCUUUUGCCUCCGCCAUGGCUGAGCUGGGACAGGAGGUGGUCCACCUGGUGUGGGGCAAGAAGCCCGGCGCUCACGGCCUGGCAGACACCAUCUUCUGUCGCUGGGCACAAGGGUUUGUGUUCAGUGAGUCAGAACCUACUGCACUAGAACAAUUUGAAGGAGGCCCUUGUGCUGUUAUUGCGCCUGUCCAGGCAUACCUUCUAACGAAGCUUUUUACUUGUGAAAAAUCUACCUGGAGACAAUGUCAAGAAGAAGAGCAGAAGAAUCUCCUCUGUCAUACACUGUGUGAUAUUUUGGAACUGGCUUGCUCUGAUCAUUCAGAAUCAUACUGUUUGGCAACAUGGCAAAGAGGAAAGACAGCUGAAGAAACUGCUAGUAUUUCUGAGAGCCCAGCUGAAGCGAGCCGACAAGAGGAGCAGCCCUCUGCCUUGGCUGUCGAAGAGCUUGGCUUUGAGCGAUUUCAUGCAUUAAUUCACAAGCAAUCAUUCUCAAGUUUUCCUGAUUUCAAAGAUGCAGUUUGGAAUCAUUAUUCAGUCUGGACAAACAAAUUUGGAGUAUUGCUUUUUCUGUAUUCUGUGAUACUGGCAAAGGGUAUUGAAAACAUAAAAAAUGAAAUUGAAGAUUCAACGGAACCACUGAUAGAUCCUAUUUAUGGUCAUGGAAGCCAAAGCUUAAUUAACCUCCUGUUAACGGGCCAUGCAGUUUCAAACGUCUGGGAUGGAGACAGGGAAUGCUCAGGAAUGAAACUGCUUGGAAUACAUAAGCAAGCAACAGUUGGGUUCUUGACACUUAUGGAAUCUCUAAGGUACUGUAAGGUUGGUUCCUAUUUGAAGUCCCCCAAAUUCCCUAUUUGGAUACUUGGCAGUGAAACUCAUCUCACGGUCUUUUUUGCCAAGGAUUUGGCUCUUGUGGCUCCUGAAGCCCCUUCGGAACAAGCCAGGAGAGUCUUUCAGACAUAUGACCCUGAAGAUAAUGGCUUUAUACCAGAUACACUUUUAGAAGAUGUAAUGAAGGCUUUAGAUCUUGUGUCAGAUACUGAAUAUGUCAAUCUCAUGAAGACCAAAUUAGAUCCAGAGGGACUAGGAAUUAUAUUACUAGGUCCAUUUCUUCAAGAAUUUUUCCCUGAACAGGACUCCAAGGUUCAAGAAUCAUUCCCCGUAUACCACUACAAUGGAUUGAAGCAAUCGAAUUAUAAUGAAAAGGUCAUGUAUGUUGAAGGCACAGCGGUGAUUAUGGGCUUUGAAGACCCUAUGCUACAGACUGAUGAUACUCCAAUCAAGCGCUGUUUGCAGACCAAAUGGCCAUACAUAGAACUCCUCUGGACCACAGAUCGAUCCCCUUCAUUAAAUUGACAUUGAAAGAAGACCUUGUACUGUUAUCCAAUGUUGGAAGGGGUUGGGUAGGCAGCUACCUGUAUUUUAAAACAAAACCCUGUACUUCAGCUGUGUGGCUAUACACUGGUAUCACUGAGAAACUGUAAAUAAACACUUUUUCAGUGUUAAUUUAGAUUUUUUUAAAAAACUGGAUUUAUUUGUAUUAUAUCAGCUAGUUCUUUUUUACCCAUUCUACUACAGUUAAAAUGCAGAUUCUCACCCGGAAGCCUCUCUGAUCAGCCAAAAGCCUGAAGGAUGGUUUAGCACUGCAACAUCUGUGUAUUAGGUGAAAUUUGUCUUAAAUACCAUAGUAUUCACUUGUUUACACAUCUGGCCAUAUAUUUCAUUUGAACGAUGCUGCCUUAGGACACACUUUGCAAGGGCAUCAUUCCCUUCCAGUGGGCCCAGUGACAAUGAAAGGGAGCUUGCAGAAGAAUUGGUGUUCUUGUGCAGUCCCCAUUCAUUUCACUGGAGAUUGUUCUGGAGAACUUCCCGGUGGGUGGUGUGCCCCUAAGCGCUAUCAGGACUAGAUUGGCAUUUGCACUGAAUAGUUUCAAUGAGUUAAGUUUCUGCUGUUGCUUUUUUUUCCCUUCUAGAAAUCGACAUGGCUUUGCACAAAUGGGGCCAAAAUUAUAAAUCUUAAAAUAUAUAAAUGAUGAAUGCUAUUUAUUGGCAGUUAUAUUUUUUCCCCCUGGGCUUACUGAAAGUGGAAGGAUUUAAAAAGGAUAUUAAUAUUUGAAGCUGUAUAAAGGAAAUGUAAAAAACUUAACAGCAAAGAGAAUUUGUGCUAUGAUUUUUGCAGUUGUCCAUAUUAUUAUUGCCAAAUACCUCUUCUCAAUAUAUCCUAAUAAAAACAUAAGCCAGUACUAUUGUAUGUGUUACAUGCAUGAAAACAUCUGUUAUUAAAGUAGUGUAGUCAUUAUUUAUUAUCUAGCAAGGCAUAAAUAAAAAAAAA